GAUGUUAGCAUCCUUAGCAUCUUUUCGAGCAAAGUUUACAAACCAAAUUGCCUUUUUUUUAGGCAGAAAUGAAGUGAGGGGCUUUUUCUUGCUGUAAUAAUGUAAUGGUGUGAAGCCGAAAAUGAGAGCAUGUUGAUAUUUUUGGUGCGUAAUCGGGGCAGAGGAUGCGAAGUACAGAUAUAGUGAGACGGAUAGAGGAAAGAGGACGGCCGAGGGUGCUAUAAAUAGGGAGAAAAGUUGUUCAUGUCUAAGGCAGAGGAGUAAUUAUCACUCCUCUCUCUCCCUCUCUCUCUCUCUCUCUCUCUUGCCCACUUGCAGCAUUACACGCAUCACAUGUGACUGUGUUGCCUGAGGAGCUUUAGCUAGCUUCUGUGUUGUGGAAUAGAAACCGAGCAUAUAUUUAUUUCAACAGAGAGAGAGAGAGAGAGAGAGAGAGAGAGAGGAGUGUGGGAGGAUGUACAGGAGCGUUAGGGAUGAGUGCACAGAGCUGGAGAGCUUCAGCAAGGACUGCACCAUUGUGCUAUGUGCUGAACGAGUGGGCCAGAUGACUAAGACCUACAAUGACAUCGACGCUGUCACCAGACUUCUGGAGGAGAAAGAACGGGACCUGGAACUGGCCGCUAGGAUUGGCCAGUCCCUGCUGAAGAAGAACCGGAGUUUAUCCGAGCAGAACGAGUAUCUAGAGGAACAAGUGGGGAACAUCAGGGAGGAGGUGGCCCAGCUCCAUCAUGAGCUCAAUCUCAAAGAUGAGCUUUUGCAGUUCUACACCAACGCAGCCGAGGAAAGUGAGGAGGACGCCACGUCUCCCGCAGGUCGGAAUGGCGGGACGUCUCUGCCUUUUCAGGGCGGCCCCCACGUGGACGUGCUUCAGAGGAAACUCCGAGACCUGGAGGUGGAGAACCUGUCUCUUAGAUCAGAGGCGAGCCAUUUGAAGUCUGAGACAGAGACGUUUGAGGAGAAAGAGCAGCAGUUGGUGAACGACUGUGUGAAGGAACUCAGACAAUCCAGUCUUCAGAUCUCCACCAUAGCAGAAGAGCUGACCAGGAAGACGGAGGAUGCGGCUCGCCAGCAGGAGGAAAUCACCCACUUGCUCUCGCAGGUUGUCGACUUGCAGAAAAAGGCCAAAACGUAUGCUCUGGAGAACGAGGAGCUCUCUCAGCAUCUGGUGGCAGCUAAAGACGCUCAGAGGCAACUCACAGCCGAGCUUCAAGAACUGGGCGAAAAGUAUUUGGAGUGUAUUGAGAUGCUGCAUGAGGCUCAGGAAGAGCUGAAGUUCCUGCGGAACAGGAGCAUUUCUGCUGGAACACCGCGGCGUUACCAUCCUUUUGGACUGUUCCCUAUGGACUCUCUGGCUGCUGAAAUUGAGGGCACUAUGAGGACGGAGUUGAGUCACGAGCACCCUGAACACGAGGAGCAAAAGGUGCGUCAUAAGCGUGUGUUUGAGACGGUUAAAAACGUAAACCAGUCCGUCAGGCAGCGCUCGCCGGCUCCGUCUUCUGCUAAUAUCCCUGGGUCCAAUCAGACACACUCGUCCCUAAGUUCCACCCUCUCUGACAUCAACACUGACAACAUGGCUGCCCUUGAUAAUCGUGAACAGAGCAUGCUCCUGGAGGCAGAGUCGACAGAUGCCAAUUCUGACAGCCCUGAAAAGCGUCCCAGCUCGGAAGACUUAAAGCUGGCGCUACGCCGACUCUCACUGCGCCGACAGAACUGCCUGAGCGAGCGUCGUUUCUUUGAGGAGGCACGUGAGAGGAGGCAUCAUGAUGCUCCAUUUCAUGGCAUUGUGUCUGGUGAAAGCAUCAUGUCGCUGGGCAUGUGGCCGAGCCGGCCGUACCUCCCCGACAAACUGCAGAUCGUCAAACCGUUGGAAGGUUCCGCAACCUUGCAGCACUGGCAGCAGUUAGCCCAGCCUAACCUAGGCGGGAUUCUGGACGCCCGUCCUGGUGUCGUCCCCAAGGGUUUCCGUCCCCUGGAACUUGACCUAGAGGAGGUCUAUCACUACAGCGACUUCGAGGAGGACGAGCCGGGAGAGCAGUACUUCCAGAACCUUCCCACCACCACCACUACAGGCAAUCCUGGUCUUGGCCAUGCCCCCUCGGCCUCUCCGUCACCCUGCCUUAGCACUGGCCACGCCUCUGCAGAGUUCUCAGUACACUACCCGGGUAAGUGCAUGGCCCACACUAGUUCCACCUACACGUUCACUACCUGCAGGAUCCUCCACCCAUCGGAUGAGAUCACCAGAGUAACCCCCAGUCUAAACCCUGCCCCCACCUCUUCAUGUGCGAUGUCGUCCAGCCUUCGCUCCACCCCCGCUGCCACGCCUUGCACUCCUCGCCGCUUAAGCCUCUCCCAGUCCCAGUCCUUCACCAACUUACGUGACUCUACGAAGACCUUCAGCACCUCAUUGGGGUUGGUGCGCCUCCUACAGGAGCGCGGGAUCUCUGCCGCUGUCUAUCAGCCACGUAGCUGGGACAGAGCCACUGGGGGUGUCCAUUUAUCCACCUCCGUCCUCCCCCCUUCAUCCCCUCCGGACUCUCAGAAACCUUCUACUCCACCAAACUCCCCUACCCGACACACUCCAAGCCCCCACACUAUUGAUCAGGACAACCCUGCAGACUUUUCAUUCAAAAGCCCAUCCUAUGAGAACUUCCUAGCCUCUAAGCCGGCACGGUCCAUUCUAAAAGAGGUGGCAGGGGGGGCCCAGGCGAAGGAUUGUGAAAGCCAGACGGAUGUCAGCGUGUAUAACCUGAACCUUGUAGAUAAGCUAAAGAGGCUGGGACUGGCCAGUCCAGGUGCCAGUGGGAUCUCAGGGCCACGUCCUCUACUGGGCCCUCUAGGUGGCUUGAGGAGGACGGGCUCUCCAUUUACACCACUAAACGAAGGGUUAAGGCGCAAUCGGAGCUACCCAGCUGUGGUUGGAGCAAGCAUGGCUAUGAAGGGCCCUGGACCCCAAAAAGAUGAGCUGAUCCUAGGUCCCAAGCUUCCCAAGCAGACUAGUCUUAAAUAGAUGACGCAUAAACACUCAAACUACUGUAACAUAUGAAUUUAAGUUAUGCCAUCCAAAAAAAGCAAAAUUCAGCCUAUUUGCACUAGAGCUCUCUGAGUUGAAAUAAGCAUAUAUCCCUGUAAAACACAAAAUAGAGCUUCAACACCUUUCCUCACUGACGUUUAGGUAAAAAAUACUAUAAAGAAAGAACCCUCAAGGAUUAAACAAAAAAAAAAUCCUUUGGUGUAUAUACAGCAAUCUCACCAGUAAUGAAGCAAUUACACUUACACUAUAUGGGCAAACGAAUGUGGACACCUGAUCACCACACCCUUAUACAGAAUACUUGUUGAACAUCUUCCAAAAGCAUGGGCAUUAACACGAAGCUCCACACGUAUUUCUAGGCUUUCCACAAGAGCACUGAUAUCAGGCAAGAAGAAGCGGGGUUGAUUUUACGGGGGCAUUGAAAUGUUGGAACAGGUUUGGACUUCUUAGUUUCACCGAAGGAAAAUCUUAAUGCUAUGGCAUUUAUAGACAAUUAUAUGCUUCCAUAUUUGUGGCAGCAGUUUGGGAAAUGCCCAUAUAUGACAGCUGUCCACAAACUUUUGUCCAUGUAGUGUAUCUAAGGGGUGAGCUAUAUAGCAAUAUUUGAAGAGAUUUUCAUGACAUGCAGGGAUGGAUUAAAGACAAGGCCUGGUCACAUAUCCAUUUAAACUGAAUAAUUAGACUGACUGGUUAUUACACGAAGCCACACACAACACCCACCAACAUCCGCAAGUUAAGACAACAUGAGCCAAUGAAUGUAAAAGCCAUGGAUUCUGAAAUAAAUUUGGAAAUGUU